GGUGCAGGGGUCGCGCACGCAGGCAGCAGGCGAAGGGAUCACGCACGUCAGCACAGGCUCGCGCGGCAUAGCGGGUGAGUUGGAGCGGGAGCGGCUGGAGAGGUGUUGCGACAGGGCAGCAUCGCAUUAAGCCACGGAGUCACAACUCCAUCAAUCUCAUCAUUUCUCUGUUGACACGUGGGAUGUAUGUUUGGGUCAUUUUGCAGGAAAUCAGAAGCACGGCUUGUGUCAACACAACACUCUAAGCCAAUUCAUGAAUUAGAGGUUAUGCUGCCCCAAAGACAUUCGCUGAACUUGCGUGAAAAGGAAAAGGGUUAAAAAGAGACACCUUCAGUUACGUGCUGGUAACUACGCUCGAGGCAACACAAUGGAUUUGCCUGUUUCUCCUGAGAUUCACAUUGUUGUUCAGGGUACUGAACAGGAUGCACUUGCUGUAAUGCCCCUUAGGAUUGAGGAUGAUGAGGAGGAUGAUCUGAACAAAACCUGGGGCGUUGAGAGAUUUGAUGACCUCCUUCACGAUGCAUCCAGUCGGAAUGUGGAUGAAGUGCGGCGCACCUUCGAUGAAGCAGAUUUUGAGUACCACCGUCACUCCUCACUUCACACUCACCACCCCCUCUCCACACACCUGCCAUCGGAGGGCCGUAGGAAGAAGGGGAGCCAGAAGAAGAGCAAGAAGAUGGCCUCUUCUCCGACUGGUGCACCCACCAUCGAGGAGGGGGAUGAGGAGGAUGAACAAAGUGAUGGCGCACUGGAGAAGAAAGAACCCAAGGAAGGCCCCGUUCCCUCUCACGCCACUGGAGAUGUUCAGUUCUUCAUGCCUGACGAGGAGCUAGAAGUUAAUGCAGCUUCACUGAAUGCACUGGAUGGCAACCGGAAGCAGCAGGACGUUCCAGCCCCACACAAAGAGCCUGAAGCAGACAUCCAGAGCAGUCAGCUGAGGAAGAGCAGUGAGCGUAUUGCGCUCAGGGCAGCUGCAGUCAGCGCACCCAGUCUGCUGGAGGAGAACAGAGUGCUGCUGAAGACACCACUAGCUCAUCGUAGCAGUUAUGACCUGAAGGAGCGGCGCCGGAUCGGGAGCCAGACCACUGUCAAUGAGGCCAAGUUCCAGAAGAUACCGACUGACGAGCUGGAGGCGGAGAUGUUAGCUGUGGCCGAUCUAGACUACAUGAAAAGUCACCGGUUUGAGGAUGUUCCGGGAGUGCGACGACACUUGGUCAGGAGGAGCACAAAGGGGACAGUUGUACAUGUGGGGAAAGACCAGUCCGAGCUUUACCCCAAGGCCAAGAAACCCGAUCGGCAGCCACAUGAGGUGUUUGUUGAAUUGAAUGAGUUAACAAUGGAUAAGAAUCACGAGAUGCAGUGGAAGGAGACAGCCAGGUGGAUCAAGUUUGAAGAAGAUGUGGAAGAGGAAACAGAUCGCUGGGGAAAGCCACAUGUUGCUUCACUCAGCUUUCGAAGCUUGCUGGAACUCCGAAAGACACUGGCACAUGGUACAGUUCUCUUGGACUUGGACCAGAAAAGCUUGCCGGGCAUUGCACAUCAAGUGGUGGAACAGAUGAUCAUCUCUGACCAGAUCAAAGCCGAGGAUCGAGCCAACGUUCUGCGGGCACUGCUGCUCAAACACAGCCACCCCAACAAGGACAAGGACUUUUCGUUUACACGUAACAUCUCCACGGGGAGCUUGGGCUCACUGAUGACCCACCAUCACAGCCAGAAUCACAUCGCUCCAACUUCUGAACCCUCAGUCACACAGCCACUGAUGGGAGAGAGCACGGAUGCCGAGGUCAAAGUGACAGUGGAGAGCGCCGAGAAAGAAUGUCCACUGUCUGAGAUGACCAGAUCAAGAUCAAAGCACGAACUCAAGCUCCUGGAGAAAAUUCCCUACAAUGCAGAGGCCACCGUCGUUCUUGUCGGGUGUGUUGAGUUCCUGGAACAUCCAACAAUGGCCUACGUUCGGCUACAGUCAGCAGUGGAGUUGGAGUCGGUGUUGGAGGUUCCCAUCCCAGUCCGCUUCCUCUUCAUCCUGCUGGGACCAUCCACCAGUAAUCUGGACUACCACGAGAUUGGCCGCUCCAUUUCCACUCUCAUGUCAGACAAGAAUUUCCAUCGAGCCGCAUACCAGGCAGAUGACCGGAAUGACUUGUUGAAUGCAAUCAAUGAGUUCCUGGACAGCAGCAUUGUCAUCCCUCCCUCCGAUGUCCCAGGAGAGGAACUGCUGCUCUCAGUCGCACAAUUCCAGCGCAAGAUGCUGAAGAAGAGACAGGCAAAAGAGGAGAAGGCAUUGUCCAAAGAGAUCAAGAGUCAGGAGGAGAGAGCUCUCCUGAAGCCAAAGAAGCCGGAUGAGGAGGAUCCUCUGAGACGGACCGGGAAACCAUUUGGUGGGGUGGUUCGGGAUGCUGCCCGCAGGUACCCUCAGUACCUGAGUGACUUCAAGGAUGCACUGAACCCUCAGUGUAUGGCCGCCAUCAUCUUCAUUUACUUCGCUGCCCUUUCGCCAGCCAUCACAUUUGGAGGGUUACUCGGGGAGAAGACCAUGGGUUUGAUUGGUGUCUCAGAACUCAUCAUUUCAACAGCCAUACAGAUGAUUAUCUUUGGUUUGCUGGGAGCCCAACCACUACUAAUUGUCGGGUUUUCUGGCCCAUUGCUUGUAUUUGAAGAAGCGUUCUUUAAGUUCUGUGACUCGAACAAAAUGGAGUACCUGACAGGCCGAGUGUGGAUCGGGUUUUGGCUGAUUCUCAUCGUUGUGGUGAUCGUGGCAUUCGAAGGCUCCUUCCUCGUGAGAUUCAUCUCCCGGUUCACCCAGGAAAUCUUUGCUUUCCUCAUCUCAAUAAUAUUUAUUUAUGAAACAUUCUACAAGCUGGUAAAGAUUUUCAAGGACCAUCCUCUUCGCGGUUGCACGAACAGUACCCAGAACACGACCGUUCUAUCUCUCUACCCAAAUACCAAUGAUACAAGCCAAGGCAGCACGAAACGGAUAGGGGAGCCAAACACAUCACUGCUCUCCCUUGUCCUGAUGGCAGGCACCUUCUUCAUCGCCUUUUUCUUACGCAAGUUUAAAAACAGCCGUUUCUUCCCCGGGAGAGUACGACGUGUAAUUGGGGAUUUUGGUGUUCCUAUUGCAAUCCUCAUCAUGGUCCUGGUUGACUACUCCAUCCAGGAGACCUAUACCCAGAAACUGAGCGUUCCCACUGGUCUGUCUGUCACUUCUCCAAAGAAACGUGGUUGGUUUAUUAAUCCUCUGGGGGAGAAUGGUGAUUUCCCCAUCUGGAUGAUGUUUGCCAGCGUGAUUCCUGCUAUCCUAGUUUUCAUCCUCAUCUUCAUGGAGACCAUGAUCACUACACUAAUCAUCAGCAAGAAGGAGAGGAUGUUAACCAAAGGAACGGGAUUCCACCUGGACCUUCUGAUCAUCGUCGCAUCGGGAGGGGUAGCAGCUUUGUUUGGAUUGCCCUGGCUCGCUGCAGCCACUGUCAGAACGGUCACCCAUGUCAACGCACUCACCGUGAUGAGCAAAUCUGUGGCACCAGGUGACAAGCCCAAAAUUGAAGAGGUCAAGGAACAGAGGGUGACGGGGCUGGUAGUGGCUGUCCUGGUGGGCCUCUCAAUUGUAAUUGGUGACCUCCUACGGAAGAUCCCACUGGCUGUGCUGUUUGGAAUCUUUCUGUACAUGGGUGUUACUUCACUGAAUGGUAUUGAACUGUAUGAACGCAUCCAGUUGUUGCUCAUGCCUUCGAAGCACCAUCCAGAUCAUGUUUAUGUGCGGAAGGUGAAGACUCUGCGGAUGCACUUGUUCACCAUCAUCCAGAUCUUCUGCCUGGCCAUUCUCUGGGCUGUCAUGUCCACUGUGGCCUCACUUGCCUUUCCUUUUGUGCUCAUCCUGACAGUUCCUCUGAAGGUCUUUGCACUCACCAGGAUUUUCACAGAUCGAGAGAUGAAAUGUCUGGAUGCAGACGAUGCACAGCCCACCUUUGAUGAGAAGGAGGGAUUGGAUGAAUAUGAUGAGCUCUCAAUGCCUGUGUGAGGCCAUGGAACCAGCUGUAAAAUUCUCUUGUGAUGCUGGAUAAGGAUGGAGGAGCUAGUCAGCACACCUGUCACCAACACCCAUCACCAUCAAUCCCUGUCACCACCAACACACUACAGCAUGUCAACUACACCUAUCACUGAUGACACUCAUCACGAAUAUGUUACCAUCACCUGUCACCAUCAGCACCUGUCCUCACCAUCAACACAGUCAUCAGUCAUCUGUCAUCUGUCACCAACACUCAGUAUCAACAUCUGUUAGUAUCAGUAUGUGUCACCAAGGACCAUGUGUGAUCUAUUGCUAUCACCAAAGUCCACCUCAGCCAAAUUACGUCCAGCUCUCAGAGCUAUUCGUCACCUUGGGACUGAGGUUGGGACCAAGCUCCAUGCUACCGUAACCUGAAUUCAGGAACCACCCAUGCAUUUAAGUAUUCCUUUGUUUCAACAUCAGGAAAGAGAAAACCCAAGCUGGUGUUUCAGAACUUUGUGAAUGUUCCUGACAUGUGGAAACGACAGCUCUGUAAUGUCAUUCCUUAAUGAGAGGCUGCAGGAGAAGAAGCUGCUGGUCUGAUCUAGGACAUUCACUUCAGCCAUGAGAUGUGAUUGCUUCAGUUGUUAAUCCCAGAGAGAAGUGCUGGUGCUGCUCAACAAUGCCACCCCUUAACUGAACCACAGCACCCCUGUUUACCCUUCCCAUACCCUCCACUCUACCCCUCCCAUUCCCCCCAUGUAAAACCAUUGAGCUGCCAUUGGAUUGUGAAAAUUUAGUUCUUGGCCUUCCUCUCUGCAACCCCCUCCCCACACACACAGCCCCACCAACACCACCUUACCCUCUGACCAAACGCUUUUCCUAGUCGGCUGCAACUUUGUAAGUGAUCCAAUUUGAUUGAAUUUCCAAGCCCCUCGUGCUGAACUGCCAGUCUUGAUGUGAACAUUAUUCUGCCUCUAUACACACAAGAGGGUCUGCAGAUGCUGGAAAUCUUGAGCAACACAAACAAAAUGCUGGAAAAUCUCAGGUCAGGCAGCAUCUACGGAGGGGAAUAAAUAGUCAAUGUUUCAGGCCAAGAUCCUUUAUCAGGUCUUGAUGAAGGGUCUCAGCUAGAAAUGUUGACUCUAUGGUUGCUUCCUGACUUACUAAGUUCCACCAGCAUUUUGUGUGUGUUUUUCUGCCUCUACACCUCCAGCCCUGAGGCUGUCCUGGGUCCUGCUGUGAUGUCAAUAUUCUGUUUGGAAUUCGGUCCUGAGAUGGGCAGUGUGUUGUCCAGACAUGAAACUGCUAGUCCUGAUCUCCAGGACUCAGAGCUAUCAUUUUUGUCUGCGGAUUUUGAUCACAGGGUUAGUGCCAAGCCCAUCCAACCCACGAAGUUUAUCUCCUCCCUUGGAGAAAGGUUUGGAUAGAAAUGGGUCUGAUUUGCAGUUGUAACUGGUUGUUUGGCGUAAUUCAGCAGAGUUUCACAUGUGUGGAAACUCCCCAGAGCUGAGAGCCUCACCAGCUGAAGUGGGUGGUGAGAUCAGACCCUGGUCACUGCUACUGGCUUUGAAUGUUGCCAAAGGUCCAUUUGAUUUGUGAGGUGAGUUGAUCAUGAAUGGGGGAGACAUGGGGAGUUUCUGCUCUACUAAUUUGUUUGUCACUUCAAGUCCAGAGAUGCCACUGCAGGAGCCAAGCCCAGUCAGAGUUACACAGCACAGAAGCAAGCCCUUCAGUCCAACUGGUCCAUGCUGACCAAGAUGUCGAUCUAAGCCAGUCUCCUUUGCCUGCAUUUGGCCCAUAUCCCUUUAAACCUUUCCUAUCCAUUUACCUGUCCAAAUGUCUUUUAAAUGUUAGUGUAACUGUAGAGCCUCGGCUCCACAGAUAAAGCAAAAGGUGCAAACAUAAUCUUACAACCAAAAAUUAUUAGCCAACAGUUUGCUUUUGAAAUACACUGAUCAGGACCAAAGAUCCCACUGUCCAACUGAUUUCAUAUGCAAGCCUUUCACCCUCUAAACAUUGUGCUGUACUGUUGAGUGAUGCACAAUAAGUGGUGAUGUGUUCCUUCCCCAGUGUUCAUUGUGUGACCAGUUUGCAUGUCAAUAGUCCAGUGGGGUUUCCAGUGGUGAAUCACAAUGCCAGUUGUUCCCAUGGGAGUUCUUGAUGCCAGUUGGUCAAUUGCUGACCGGUUCAGUGGGUAGAACCCAUUGCUGCCUUUCCAGUGGCAGGUGGCUAUGCUGGUAUGACCAGACAAGCAGUAGUUCCAAGUGCCCCCAGUGAGGAGGGUAGCAAACACUGGGCCAACCUCAAUCAAAACCAACUGCUGUAUCCAUCUUCCCUACUGUGGACCCUACAGUAUCUGCCCCUCACCAACCCGUCCACACUGGCCUUUAGCUUCAACAGGUUAUUAAAUUUUGUAUUUAUACAAACUAGUGUCAAUUACUUUAGAUUUCUAGUUAAAAUCUAGGCAACCUUUUUUUUUGUUACCCUGUAUAUUUGUACUGUAGGUGUUCACUUUGAACGGCCUGUAUAAAAAUCAAUUUGUAGUAGAAGUAAUAAGUAUUUCAUUAAUGAAAAUAACACCAGGGUACAGUGCUGAUGGGAGUGUCUGUCACUGUAUAAUACUGAGUACAGUACUGGUAGAGACGGGUCUGUCACUAAAUAACACCAGAGCACAGUACCAAUGUCUCUGUAUAACUCUGGGGUAAAUGCCAUAGUCUCAGAAUAAAAGGACAUCGUUUCAGAACUGAAAUGAGGAGGAAUCUCUUCAACCAGAAGCUUGUGUAUCUGUGGAAUUUGUUGCCAGAUUGUGAUAGAGGCCAAGACAUUGGAUGUAUUUAAGGCAGAGAUCAAUAGGCUCUUGAUUGCCCUUCAUUAGUCAGGGGAUUAAGUUCAAGAACUGUGAGGUAAUUUUGGAACUCUUUAAAAUUCUGGUUAGACCACACUUAGAAUAUUAUGUUCAAAUCUGGUUAUCUCAUUAUAGAAAGGAUGUGGAAGCUUUAUAUGGGUUACAGAGGAGAUUUACCAGGCUGCCUCCUUGAUUAGUGAGCUUCUUAUAAGGAAAAUUUGAGCAAGCUAAGGCUUUUUCUCUUUGGAACAAAGGGGACUGAGAGAUGAUUUGAUAGAGGUGUUUAAGAUCAGAAACACUGAUAGAGUAGAUAGCCAGUGUCUUUUUCCCAGGGUGGAAUGGCUAAAUCAAGGAAAGUUACAGGGGAGAUGUCAGAGGGAAGUUUUUGACAGUGAGUGGUGAAUGCAUGGAACGCACUGCCUGUUGUGUGGUAGUAGAGGCAAAUUCAUUAGGGACUUUUAAGAGACUCCUGGAUAGGCACAAAGAUGAAAGAAAAAUAGGGGGCCUUUUCAGAAAGAAGUAUUCGAUUUAUCUUAGAGUACAUUAAAAGGUUAACACAACAUUGUGGGCCGAAGUGCCUGGACUGUUCUAUAUAAAGGAGAUAAAGGUUAUAGGGAGAAUGGGGUUAAAAAAUGUAUGCUAUGAUUGAAUGGCAGAGCAGAUACAAUGACCAGGUGCUGCUCUAUGGUGUUAUGAGUACAACACUGCUGGGGACUGUUGCAGGUUGCAAUAUGUUUCACUGAUCACAGCUGAGGCAACAUGAUUAUCACAGUUUUGAUUUAUGUUUGGGAGGCAAGUCUGAGAUUUAAAAUCUGUAGAUCCUGUCAAACUGAAAUAAAAACAAAAUGCUGGACCAUGCAGCAGAUGAGGUAACAUCUAGGGAGAGAGGGUCUUUUCUAGAUUUUGUUUCAUCCUGAAGCUGUUCAACCUGAAAUGUUAACUCUCCACUCUAGUUUAAUCUGCAGUUGGCCUCGAAUACUUGUACUACAGAGUUGGGGUUGAAAUGACCCCUAAAUGACAGAGCUUAAGCUUAAGGAGAAUAUACCAAGGAAUAAGUGGUGUAGAAAGAAGGUUUCCUCUUUUUAGACAAAUUUGAAAAGAGUGCCGCCUGGGAGUGAUGAGAAUUGGAAAUUGAGAAGCUAGGGAUAAUAGGAAUUCUCUUUCCUGGCUGAAGUGGUGGACAACAGAGGUUGCCAAAAAUAAGUGAGACCCGAGAUUACAGAUGCUGGGAUCCAAAACAAAAAACGAUCUGGAGGAGCUCAAUGGGUUGAGCUUUAUUUGGGGGUUUGUGUGUGUGGCGGGGGAGAGAAUUGGCAACGUUUCAGAUCAAAACCCAUGAUGGGUUUCAACCCACUGAGCUCUUUUCAAUAACUUGGUCUAUGCAGUCUCCUCAGGUAGAGGUGUGAUGCCCACAGUUGGGAAGGGCUUUCCUCUCCUCCAUCCAUGAUUGGGGCCAGGGUUUCUAGGGCCUUGUAGGUGAUUUCUCUCCCCAGCUUUAAUCAUCACGAAGUGCAGCAAAGUCAGAAUAUCCAGAUCGGACUGUUGUUAGAGUUAGUGUCCCUCCAGGGUUACUCUCUCCUACGAUCUGCUUCCUGUCCUCUGCUGGCUAGUGAACCAGCUGAGGGUGAAUUUUGGUUUUCGAUGGAGCCGCACCUGGUGUCUGAUUUCCACUCUCCAGCGGGCAGUGUCCUGUCACUGCCCACAUCUCAUCGCAUCACUGCUCUCCUGUAGCACACUCCCUGAAGUCUACCUCUGACCAAGUUUCUCUUUUGGAUUUCUACACUUCUGUGAAGUGCCCUGAGACUUUUUUUCUGUGUUAAAAGCAUCAUAAAAUUGCAAGCUUGUAAAUAAGACUUUGUGAUCACCUCAUGUGCCUGCUGCCAGCUGGUGGUGAAAUGUUUUUGCUGCAAUAAUGCUGAUUUUAUUAUUGAUCCCUGGUCUUAAAGUCUUCUCUCGGGAGCCACCCUUUGGCUAUUAGUGACAUCUACUCCCUGCCGCCUGUGUGAGGUGUUUCUUUCCCCCAUUCCCACCCCACCCAGCGCUUCUCAUUAAUUCAACCUAUCCAAUAGAAAGAUCCCAAACUAUGAAAAAAUGAGCUGUAAUGAGGGAGCGUCACAUUGGGAGGGGAGGUACUGAGGGGCAUCAAACUAUAGAAGAGGCAGUACUGAAGGAGGGCUGCAAAGUGGGAGGAAGAGUACUGAGGGAGCGUCACACUGUAAGCGCACGUAUGAUGGAGCACCGCACAGAUACCCUGGCUGAACUGAGAAGAUCUCGUGGGGCAAUAUUUGGAGGACAGCUGGUCGGUUGUGAAGCUGCAAGAAACUAUAGACACAAUGACAGUGACAAUUGACCUGAAUUUACACAAAAAAGGCAGUGUCCUUAAUGUCCUGUCAGGGUAGAUUGUGGCUGUCUCAGAAUUGUAAUCAAUAUUCUUUGGGGAAAAUUCAGAUGCUGUGUAAUUAAUAAAUCAUUUGUGAAAUCAA